AUGUGCACUGAGCCAACCUUUCUAUCUCAGCUCAUGUAUUUUCUCCUUUCCUUAGCUUGUUUCCUUCCUUCUCUUCAUUUCUUUCUUUCUUUCUUUCUUUCUUUCUUUCUUUCUUUCUUCAUCUUUCAUCUUUUUUUAAAUUUUAUAUAUUUAAUCAUCUUUUUUGUUCAAUCUAUUUUAAUCUAUGUAAAGCACUUCCUUCCUUCCUUCCUUCCUUCCUUCCUUCCUUCCUUCCUUCCUUCCUUCCUUUUCCUUUGUGAGGUGAGAAGGGUAACUGGCUCUUACCACAACACUUUCUUUCUUUCUUUCUUUCCUUCUUUCUUUCUUUCUUUCUUUCUUUCUUUGUCUGACAUCAUUUUUUAUUUUUAUGCAUUUAAUCAUCUUGUAAAGCACUUCCUUCCUUCUAUCUCUCCUUCCAUCCUAUUCUUUCUUUCUUUCUUUCUUUCUUUCUUCACAUCUCUCCUUCCAUUUUUUUCUUUCUUUCUUUCUUUCUUUCUUUCUUCGUCUGACAUCAUUUUUAUGCAUUUAAUCAUCUUCACUUCCUUCCUUCUAUCUCUCCUUCCAUCCUAUUCUUUCUUUCUUUCUUUCUUUCUUUCUUUCUUUCUUUCUUUUCUUUCUUCGUCUGACAUCAUUUUUGAUUUUUAUGCAUUUAAUCAUCUUGUAAAGCAUUCCUUCUAUCUCUCUUCCAUCCUAUUCUUUCUUUUUUCUUUCUUUCUUUCUUUCUUUCUUUCUUUCUUCCAUUUCCUUCCUUCUUCUCUCCUUCCAUCCUAUUCUUUCUUUCUUUCCUUUCCAUCUGACAUCAUUUUUAUUUUAAUCAUCUUUAAAGCACUUCCUUCCUUCUAUCUCUCCUUCCAUCCUAUUCUUUCUUUCUUUCUUUCUUUCUUUCUUUCUUUCUUCGUCUGA